AUGAAACUUGAUUUUGGAAAGAAACUUUUGCCGACCUUUAACUUGUCAAGCUGUACAAAUUACUUUAUUACCAUGUGGAAACGUUUAUUGCCCACGCAUACUUUCACAAUACCUGACUGGAUACCCUCAUUAUCGACACCUACGCAUAAAUUCAAUUCAGAUCCUCCUACUUAUGCAAGAAUAACCUCAAUUAUUAGAAGAAUGAAACCUAAUGGCUCAGCUUGCCCGUUGGACCAAUUGUCUAUAAUCCCGUUAAAAAAAUCUGCAUACCUUAGAUCGUACUUAACUGCUAUAAUUCAAAACGUUUGGAAGUCGAAUGAAAUACCGGAUAUUUGGAAGAAAGCAGUUAGCAUUUUGAUUCAUAAAAAAGAUUCCUCCGAUGAGCCUAAUAGCUUUAGACCGAUUACUUUGCAGCCAGUUCCAUUGAAAAUUUUCAUGUCUAUCUUGCGUAAUACGAUGUACGAAUUCCUGUUAAUGAAUAAUUUCAUUGAAAGCAGCAUUCAAAAAGGUUUUACCCCUGGAAUGUCUGGUACAUUUGAACACACAGCACACUUAGCAUUUCUAAUCAAGCAAGCAAAAAAACCAACAGCGUUCUCUAACAGUAACUUUGUUGGAUCUAAAAAAUGCUUUUGGCGAGGUUCACCAUCGACUAAUUUCCCCUGUGUUGCAAUACCAUCAUAUCCCGGAGCAUUUUAG